AUGUCCUCAACUCCAGUCUCUGUUCAACUUAUAGGACAACCCGUGGAGAGCAUGAAAGAAGGAACUAACAGUGAGCAUAUUAAUCUCAAGGUGGUUGAAGACCGUAAUGAGAUGUUCUUUAAAAUUAAGCGAACAACACAAUUGAAAAAGCUAAUGGACGCUUUUUGUGAAAAACAAACCAGGGAUGUUAAGUCAUUUCGUUUCCUUUAUGAUGGUGCUCGCAUACAGGCUCAUGAUACUCCGCUUGAGGCAU